ACUACAAGGUUACUGGGACAAGAAGUUCCACUUGAUGUGGCAACUACUGGCUUCCCUAACCUAAUCAACAGUAGGCACAUCACAGUCAAAUGCUCUGUCCCAGGCAACAAAAUCACAUGGAACAAAUAGUGCACAGUUAUAAAAAUGGAGACUGGAGAAAUAUUCUCUCACUGUUGAAUGUGGAUCAUGGGGAAUGUACUUCAUGCUUCAGACAUCUGUUGUGGGUGCAGCCAACAGAAGAGGAUUUAUUAUUCAUAGGAAAAACAAUGAAAGAUGAAAACAUUCCUCUGAUAGUGAGUGUAGGCUGUGGAACUGGACUACUGGAGUGGUUAAUCACCAAUGCCACAGGUUUGGCUGUAAUAGGAGUUGAAGUAGACCGUGCAUGGUGGGAAUCUCCAUAUGCACCGCCCACAUUCAUCCCCUUGAGAUUUGUAAAAGAUGAUGAUGAACUGACAAAACUUCCCAAAGAACACGCACUCCUCUUCUGUUAUUUUAAUAACAACACAGCCUUUUAUGAUUAUUUGACGGCGUAUGAAGGUGGGUGGCUCAUUAUCAUUGGUCCAACAAUUGGUAGCGGGAGACAUUCAAAACCAGCACCUUUUGAUAAAGACUUUCAAGAUGUUGGAUGGAAAUUACAAACAUUUAAGGAAAUAGGACAUACUAAAGAUUACAUAGCUAUAUACAAACGUAGUGGUAUCACAGUCCUUUAAAACAAUAACAUUCCAUGGACAUUCAUUUAAUAAUUAAUGUCAUGAUUACUAUUAAUUUAUUUAGUGGAAAAUGCUUCAAAUCUAAACCAUUGUAGAGUUCCAAUAAUGUUACCUCAAUGUAUGGAUGGAAUGUAAGAAACAUACGUUAUUUAUAUAUGGUCAGUUUUAAUUUGUAACGCAAAUACAGAAAAAUAAAUAGAUUUUGGCAUUGUAA